AUGAGCGAAGCAUCAACAAGGAAUGUGGCUGCAGCGUCACAGCCACGGACACUACAAAACGAACAACACGCAGAAGCAGGACUCUCCAAAACCAUUCAUCCAAAAAAGCCGGAGAAAGACUCGAUCAGCGACCAGUGCUUAGCCGUAUGGAGGGACAACUCAUUUUUGCCAACUUCAGCCCUACCUCGAAGCAAAGUGCGUGGAACAGAUAAAGUGGUGACCCAAGAGAUGGAUAUCUAUAACUUGCUCGACAUCGAUGAUCUUGAGCUUCUCCGAGACCUCCCACUGCUAGGACCACCACCGCAAGAACCUGGAGGAGGCACAUGGUUUGAGCCACGUCCAUAUUGGGGAACGUCGUACGAAAGUGGCGAAUUCCUCUCUAAGGGCUUAAACGAGCACGGUACGGUCCCCAUCAAUCCCACAGUCCAAGCAAACGUCGAGCGAUACCACAAGCUCAAAUCCGAAGGAGUCCAUUUCAACCAAGUGCUGAUGCAGAAUCGAUCUUUCAAGAACCCACAUGUAUACUCUCAACUCGUCAAUCAUCUCGGUAUCGAUGAAACAUCGUCAAACCUCCCAUCGCUAGAUACAGGCAGGUACAAUGGUGAAUGGAGGAGUAUGUUCCCUUUCCGCGAGGAAGAAUUGAUCGAAGGGGAUCCUGUUGCGAUAUCAAAACGACAGGAGAAAGAGCAUUUGGACGAGAAGCUAGCUCAGCUGCAGGCGAACAAAGACAAGAUGAGAAGUAUAAACUUUACUCGUGGGUCUUCAGGCAAUAACACCAUUACAUCACGACGAGCUCGGAACGGAGCAGAGGCGGAAUGGGAUGAACCAGUACGACCGAGGCGGGCGGCCAACACUGGACAGAGCAGACCGCAUGCAAGUCAGUCGAAUGGGGCAGGCUCCAGUUCAGCAGCACGCCCUACGUUGAUUCUCAAUAACGUGCACGCUAGCGCGUCCAAUCCCAGAAUCCCGCCAAGCACACGGCGUCCCUAG